CGUUGGCCCUUCUGACCCUAGCCGCCGAGGGGCGGGGUCGAAGAGCCUGGAGCCCGCGGCGUGGCGCAGACGGCGCGCGGCGAUGACGCACUGCGGUGUGCGCGAAGACGGCGGCGGCCACGGCGCAGGGGCGGGGCCAAGGCUGCGGCAGCGUCAGGCGCGCGCACACGUUGCAGCUUUUCGCUUUCGGCGGGUCGGGGUGGUUCCGGCGCCAGGCAGGCGCACUGACAGGUGGACCCGCAGACGGUGGAGAUGGCGGCGCUCUGUCUGACCGUGAAUUCAGGAGACCCUCCCCUGGGAGCAUUACUGGCAGUAGAACAUGUGAAAGGCAGUGUCAGCAUUUCUGUUGAAGAAGGGAAAGAGAAUAUUCUUCGUGUGUCUGAAAAUGUGGUCUUCACAGACGUAAAUUCCAUACUUCGCUACCUGGCUCGAGUUGCAACUACAGCUGGGCUCUAUGGCUCUAACCUGAUGGAACAUACUGAGAUUGAUCACUGGUUGGAGUUUAGUGCUACAAAAUUGUCUUCAUGUGAUUUGUUUACUUCUGCAAUCAACGAGCUCAAUCAUUGCCUGUCUCUGAGAACAUUCUUAGUUGGAAACUCUUUGAGCUUAGCAGAUUUAUGUGUUUGGGCCACCCUAAAAGGAAAUGCUGCAUGGCAGGAACAGGUGAACCAGGGCAAAGCUCCUGUUCAUGUGAAACGCUGGUUUGGCUUUCUUGAAGCCCAGCAGGCCUUCCAGUCAGUAGGUACCAAGUGGAAUGUUUCAGCAACCAAAGCUAAAGUGGCACCUGAGAAAAAGCAAGAUGUUGGGAAAUUUGUUGAGCUUCCAGGUGCUGAGAUGGGAAAGGUUACCGUCAGAUUUCCUCCAGAAGCUAGUGGUUACUUACACAUUGGGCAUGCAAAAGCUGCUCUUCUGAACCAGCACUACCAGGUUAACUUUAAAGGGAAACUGAUCAUGAGAUUUGAUGACACAAAUCCUGAAAAAGAAAAGGAAGAUUUUGAGAAGGUUAUCUUGGAAGAUGUUGCAAUGUUGCAUAUCAAACCAGAUCAAUUUACUUACACCUCGGAUCAUUUUGAAACUAUAAUGAAAUAUGCAGAGAAACUAAUUCAGGAAGGGAAGGCUUAUGUGGAUGAUACUCCUGCUGAGCAGAUGAAGGCAGAACGUGAGCAGAGGAUUGAAUCCAAACAUAGAGAAAACUCUAUUGAGAAGAAUCUACAAAUGUGGGAAGAAAUGAAAAAAGGAAGCCAGCUUGGUCAGUCCUGUUGUUUGCGUGCAAAAAUUGACAUGAGUAGUAACAAUGGGUGCAUGAGGGACCCGACGCUUUAUCGCUGCAAAAUUCAGCCACACCCAAGAACUGGAAAUAAAUACAAUGUUUAUCCGACGUAUGAUUUUGCCUGCCCCAUAGUUGACAGCAUUGAAGGUGUUACACAUGCCCUGAGAACAACAGAAUACCAUGACAGAGAUGAACAGUUUUAUUGGAUUAUUGAAGCUUUAGGCAUAAGAAAACCAUAUAUUUGGGAAUAUAGUAGGCUCAAUCUCAACAACACAGUGCUGUCCAAAAGAAAACUCACAUGGUUUGUCAACGAAGGACUAGUAGAUGGAUGGUAUGUUUACUGUUACCUAUAUUUGGAAGGAAGUAAGGACGGCUCCUCACGUUCAGUAGUGAACAUGGAAUGGGACAAAAUUUGGGCAUUUAACAAAAAGGUUAUUGACCCAGUGGCUCCACGGUAUGUUGCGUUACUGAAGGAAGAAGUGGUCCCAGUGAGCAUCCCUGAAGCUCAGGAGGAGAUGAAAGAAGUAGCCAAACACCCAAAGAAUCCUGAUGUUGGCUUGAAGCCUGUGUGGUAUAGUCCUAAAGUUUUCAUUGAAGGUGCUGAUGCAGAGACGUUGUCAGAGGGUGAGAUGGUUACCUUUAUAAACUGGGGCAACAUCAACAUUACUAAAAUACACAAAAAUGCAGAUGGAAAAAUUCUCUCUCUUGAUGCACAAUUGAAUUUGGAGAACAAAGACUACAAGAAAACCACGAAGAUCACUUGGCUUGCAGAGACUGCACGUGCUCUUCCUGUUCCCGCCGUCUGUGUCACUUACGAGCACUUGAUCACAAAGCCAGUGCUGGGAAAAGAUGAGGACUUCAAGCAGUAUGUCAACACGAACAGUAAGCAUGAAGAACUAAUGCUGGGUGAUCCCUGCCUUAAGGAUUUGAAAAAAGGAGACAUUAUACAACUCCAGAGAAGAGGAUUCUUCAUAUGUGACCAACCUUAUGAACCUGUUAGCCCAUAUAGUUGCAGAGAAGCCCCAUGUGUUUUGAUUUUCAUUCCUGACGGGCAUACAAAAGAAAUGCCAACAUCUGGCUCAAAGGAAAAGACUAAGGUAGAAAUGACAAAAAGUGAGACGGCUACUCCUUUUAAGGAAAAACCAGCUCCUUCUUUAAAUAAUACUUGUGCUACAUCUGAGGAGUCCUUGGUCCUUUACAACAGAGUGGCUGCUCAAGGGGAUGUGGUUCGUGAGUUAAAAGCCAAGAAAGCAGCAAAGGAAGAUACAGAUGCAGCUGUAAAACAGCUUUUGGCUUUGAAAGCUGAGUAUAAGGAGAAAACUGGCCAGGAAUAUAAACCUGGAAAUCCUCCUGCUGCGGUGGUACAGAAUGUUUCUUCUAAAUCAUCAGCAAGUAUUCUGGAAAUUAAAUCUCUGCAUGAUGCGGUUGCUGCACAAGGGGAGGUGGUUCGUAAACUGAAAGCUGAAAAAGCCCCUAAGGCUGAAGUAAAUGAAGCUGUAGAAAGCUUACUCUCCCUGAAAGCUCAGUAUAAAGAAAAAACUGGGAAGGACUACAUACCUGGUCAGCCCCCACUAUCUCAAAGUUCAGAUUCAAGUCCAUCCAGAAGCUCUGAGCCUAGCGGUCCAGAAACACCGGAAGCCAAAGUACUUUUCGACAAAGUAGCUUCUCAAGGAGAAGUAGUUAGAAAACUUAAAGCUGAAAAAGCAUCUAAGGAUCAAGUGGAUACAGCUGUGCAAGAACUCCUCCAGCUGAAGGCUCAGUACAAGUCUCUGACAGGAGUAGAGUACAAGCCUGUCUCUAUCACUGGGGCUGAGGACAGAGAUAAGAGGAAGAAAGAAAAAGAAAAUAAAUCCGAAAAACAGAAUAAGCCUCAGAAACAAAAUGAUGGCCCCAAAAAAGACCUCUUUAAAAACCAAGGAAGUGGGCUGUCAUCAAGUGGACCAGGAGAAGGGCAAGGGCCUAAGAAACAGACCAGGUUGGGUCUUGAGGCAAAAAAAGAAGAAAACCUUGCGGAUUGGUAUUCUCAAGUCAUCACGAAGUCAGAAAUGAUUGAAUACUAUGAUGUAAGUGGCUGCUAUGUUCUUCGGCCGUGGGCAUAUGCCAUUUGGGAAUCCAUCAAGGACUUUUUUGAUGCUGAGAUCAAGAAACUUGGCAUUGAAAACUGCUAUUUCCCCAUGUUUGUGUCUCAAGGUGCAUUAGAGAAAGAGAAGACUCACAUUGCUGACUUUGCCCCUGAGGUUGCUUGGGUUACAAGAUCUGGUAAAACAGAGUUGGCGGAACCAAUUGCUAUUCGUCCUACUAGUGAAACAGUAAUGUAUCCUGCAUAUGCGAAGUGGGUACAAUCACACAGAGACCUGCCCAUCAGGCUCAAUCAGUGGUGCAAUGUGGUGCGUUGGGAGUUCAAGCAUCCUCAGCCUUUCCUGCGUACCCGUGAAUUCCUUUGGCAGGAAGGGCACAGUGCAUUUGCUACGUUUGAAGAAGCAGCAGAAGAGGUCUUGCAGAUACUUGACUUAUAUGCUCAGAUAUAUGAAGAACUGCUGGCAAUUCCUGUUGUGAAAGGAAGAAAGACUGAAAAGGAGAAAUUUGCCGGAGGAGACUAUACGACGACCAUAGAAGCGUUUAUAUCUGCUAGUGGAAGAGCUAUCCAGGGAGGAACAUCACAUCAUUUAGGGCAGAACUUUUCCAAAAUGUUUGAAAUCGUUUUUGAAGAUCCAAAGACACCAGGAGAGAAGCAGUUUGCCUAUCAAAACUCCUGGGGCCUGACAACUCGAACUAUUGGUGUUAUGACAAUGGUUCACGGGGACAACAUGGGCCUAGUAUUACCACCCCGUGUAGCCUGUGUUCAGGUGGUGGUUAUUCCUUGUGGCAUUACAAAUGCACUUUCUGAAGAAGACAGAGAUGCCCUGAUUGCAAAAUGCAAUGAUUAUCGAAGGCGGUUACUCAGUGUUAAUAUUCGAGUUAAAGUUGAUUUGCGAGAUAACUACUCGCCAGGUUGGAAAUUCAAUCACUGGGAGCUGAAGGGAGUUCCAAUUAGACUUGAAGUUGGGCCACGUGAUAUGAAGAGCUGUCAGUUUGUAGCUGUCAGACGGGAUACUGGAGAAAAGCUAACAGUUGCUGAAAAUGAGGCUGAGACUAAACUUCAAGCUAUUCUGGAAGACAUCCAUGUUAACCUCUUUACAAAGGCUUCUGAAGACCUUAAGACUCAUAUGGUUGUGGCUAAUACAAUGGAAGACUUUCAGAAGGUGUUAGAUUCUGGAAAGAUUGCUCAGAUUCCAUUCUGUGGGGAAAUUGACUGUGAAGACUGGAUCAAAAAGACCACUGCCAGGGAUCAAGAUCUUGAACCUGGUGCUCCGUCCAUGGGAGCUAAGAGCCUCUGUAUCCCCUUCAGACCACUCUGCGAGCUGCAGCCUGGAACCAAGUGCGUCUGCGGCAAGACCCCCGCCAAGUUCUACACCUUGUUUGGUCGUAGUUACUAAGGGAUAAAACAGAACUCCCCCUCCACCCCUCCUCACUUUUUAAAAAGUUGAUUCUACUAUCUUCCCAGAUAUAUCUAGACUGUUUUUUGAUUUUUUAAAAUAAAGGUUCUAAAAGGAGGUCACAAGAAGCAAACACCUAUUCUUAUGCCUAAAUUAACAGUAGAAAAAAGACUUUUCUGUAAACAACCCCAGUAAUAAAUAUCAUGAACUGA